AUGCCAGUUAGUGGCAUCGGCCAAGCCGUUGUGAAUGUGCGAUAUUCAGUGUCAGUGCAAUUAUCAUCUCGUUUCGGAUCACUUGAGCACACUUUGGACUGUCUGGUGCUGCCAAAUCUAACCGUCAAUCUGCCAACUAGGACGGUACACAUCAGUGCAUGGAACGUCCCCAAACACUUGCCAUUGGCGGACCCACAAUUCAACGUUUGCAAUGGCAUUGACAUCAUCGUUGGGGCUGAGCUGUUCUCCAUGAUCCUGCAAGCGGAGCAAAUCUGCUUUAACGCACACCUUCCAGUUCUACAGAAGCCUGUUUCUACUGUCGAAAGUCUAGACGCUCAAGUUAAGAAAUUCUGGGAUGUGGAGAACUUCGAUCAAGGUAAGGUUUACACUGCCUUGGAACAGCAGUGUGAAACCCAUUUUGCAAGGACGCAUAGCCGGAAUGCUGAGGGACGCUAUGUAGUGCGGCUUCCUGUUCGUCAAGAAAUGUUGCCUCUAAUUGGCGAAACGUGGUCCACGGCCGCUCGAAGACUCAACUUUGUGGAAAAACGCUUCCGUGCCGACGCUUCCCUUCGCUCCAGCUACGUGCAGUUCAUGGAAGAAUAUCAGCAGCUCAGUCACAUGGAGGAGGUGCAGACUCGCGUCGCGUUGCCCCACCACGCAAUCUCUCGUCCCGAUUCAUCAACCACAAAAACAAGAGUCGUGUUCGAUGGGUCAUGCAAGAGUAGCAAUCAUCUUUCAUUGAACGACUUGCUGCUUACAGGUCCAACGGUACAACCUACUCUCUUGGCAAUCGUUCUCAUCUUUCGCCUCCAUCGAUACGUCAUGACAGCGGACAUAGAAAAAAUGUACCGACAAAUCUUGGUACAUCCCGACGAUCGACCACUACAACAAAUACUUUGGCGCCAGCAUGAGGCCGAUCCUAUUAGACAGUACCGUUUGAACACUGUUACUUACGGUACCUCAUGUGCGCCUUUUCUCGUUACAAGGACUCUGAACCAGCUUGCAGAAGACGACGACAAGGAUUUUCCACUAGCAGCGCCGAUCGUGAAGGAAGGCUUCUAUGUAGACGAUCUGCUGACUGGAUCCGACAGCUUGGAAGCCAUAGUGGAAUCAAGCCAGCUAAUAGGUGUCGAGGUCUGUCCAGCGAUUCCGGAUGGAGCGUUACCUCCGGUUCCCUGGUGCCCCAACGACCCGCUGCUGGCUGUUCAACGUGGUUUAAUCGAUCUAACCCCCGGCGGCGAAUCAAGGCCACUCACGAGCCACCCGGUAACACGAGGUCGGUCCGGCGAUCCCGGUAGAGCCUGGCAUUCGGUUCACUGGCGCCUCGAUGCCCCGAACCCGGUGCUGUAUCGCGUACUACUCGAAUGGUUCCCGGUGGUUGAGCAAGUAUAUUCCGGCGGAGAGUUCCCCGGCCGCGGAUUUGUCGUUUCACAGCUGCGCUGCUUUAUUGGUCCCUUUGCCACUUCCUCUGCAGCUCGGAGGGUGUACUCGACACUACUCUGA